UCAUCCAGUUUACAACGUGAGAUCGACUACAUAAAUCAAUGGUCGGUUAAGAAUAAUAUGAAAUUGAAUGUCACAAAAACUAAAGAAUUCAAUAUAUCUCUGUCUAGCGCCCCACAUUCGUUCCCUGCUUUAUCUAUAGACAAUCAACAUCUCGAAGUUGUCCACACUGUUAAGCUUCUGGGAGUGUACUUGUCUGCUGAUUUAAAGUGGACGACGCAUAUUGACCACAUAUGUUCCAAAGCCAGUAAACGUCUAUUUGCAAUUCGAAUAUUGAAACGAAACGGCGUCGAAGUGUGGGAUCUUAGAAAU